AUGUCUGCGGAUAUUUUAUUUGAAGCCGACCGAUGCCUAGAAGCCAUGAGAGAACUUCGUAAAGUCGAGGGUGGCACACUCCUGGAUCUCAGGAACGCCCGGCUGGCCGACUGGGAGCACACGUCUAAAUCAGAGGUUAACGCACGCACAACAAUGUGGACGGUGCCUCUGUUGCCUCCUUGGGAACGCUUGCAAGCAAUGGAUGAUGCUAUCGCAGAACUCGGUCAAACUCUGGGCCCGCAUCAGCCUCAUAAUGCGGACAUGACCAGACUACUCCUUCUGCGCAUUGCGCAGGAGCCUGAAUCCCCAUAUCGCGAACGAAAAUACAAGGAAAUUCUCUCCGUUUUUGGAGAUCGCGAUUGCAAACUCGCUAUGGACACGAAAGUCGAAUGUUACAUGCAGCUGUGCAAUAUCUACCUGUCCAGAUCUGACGGGGAAGGAGCCUAUGUGUGUGUUGAGAAGUUGAACGAAAUUGCAACAACUCCCUUUGCGAAGACAAUCGCAUUUCAUCAGCAGGCUGGAGUCUACCUUCAUCAUCAAAAGCGUAAGAUCCUCGUCACAAUCCACGAGCUGCUUCACAGAUUUAAAGACGAUGGCGGCGAAGAUGCGAAGCAAUCGCUUGAAAAUAUGAAGCAAUUUCUGACGCGCCUACUGAACAAUGACCAAACCUGA